AUGGAGAGAGUUAUUGAGAUCGGAGGCGUUCGCGUUCGAAUUGCACCGACAGCCGAGGACGAGGAAGGACUCCAAUCCUUCAACGAACUCAUUGAAAAACUGAAAAACAACGCAGCCGUACCUCAAAUUAAUCAACGAGUUUCUGAAGCACCUCGACACGUUCAAAUCUUACUUUCAGUUGACUUUGAUGCGGUGGCUGGCUGGCUGGGCACAGGGCAGCAUCCUCGCAACUGCCUUGCAGACUAUUCCUCAGGCUUUUUUGCAGGACAUGUCGGUGUCGGUCGCCUUUUGAGUGUUUUCAAGCGUCUUGGGGUGGCUGAUAAGAUAACUUGGUUCAUUCCCGGGCAUUCUAUGGAGACUUUCCCAGCCGAAACCAAGUCCAUUGUCCAGUCUGGGGCAGAGAUCGCGUUACAUGGAUAUUCUCAUGAAGACGCCACGAAGCUCGACGCGCAGCAGGAGGAGGACGUCUUCGACAAGUGCAUUACUCUGGCACAGUCUCUGACUGGUAAACGCCCGGUGGGAUACAGAGCUCCUGUGUAUCGACUUAGUCAGCAGACGGUCAAUCUGCUUGAGAAGAAAGGCUUCCUAUACGAUUCUUCUCUAAGUUGGCAUGAUUCUCAGUUGCAUCAGCUCAGCAAGGGACCUUCUCCUGUACCAGUUGACUAUUCACAGCCUGCACAUACUUGGAUGCACCCAUGUGCCCCAUCUCAGCCAUCUACUGUGGUUGGGGUGCCUACUGGCUGGUAUAUGGAGGAUAUGACACCUCUACAAUACCUCCCGAACAUUGAGAAUUCGCACGGUUAUGUGCCAGCUCAGUCUAUUGUUAAGAUGUGGCAAGAUCGUUUCAACUGGCUUUGGAAGCAUGGCCCUGAUGGUAAUGGGCUAGGGGAUUUUGUAUUCCCGCUCGUAUUGCACCCUGACACUUCAGGAAUGGCACAUAUCAUUGGGUCUAUCGAAAAUAUGGUGCAGUGGCUGAAGAGUUGGGGUUCUGAAGUGGAAUUUGUAACCUAUGAAGCGGCUGCGAGGUCCUUUUUGAAGCGACAGAUGGAGAAAAGUGAUGCUUAG